UGUGUAGAGGAAGUACUCAGAACAAAUGAGAUGUGAUUCAAAACACCGUUUAUUUAUAUCGAGAGAGUUAAAGAAUCUUUGGUAACUGUUGACAAAGUGGCAGCAUUCCUCUGAGUCUGGAUCCCCAUUACUCCAUUCAACGAAAUUGGUGGCUUUGCUGGAAAUCCACAAACAUUUCCUACCUGAUCACUGUGGAUUUAUUCUCAGCAUGGCAUUUGUCUAUUAUCUUCAUUUCUGAUGUUAUUCUUUGACUGCACAGAUUAUUUUCUAUAUCAGUGGUCUCUCUAUAACAGUGUCCAUAGAUUUUUCUUAUUGUAGUGUGGUUGCCAUGUAAAUAUAUACUCGAUUUUUUUCAUGUCAAAAGACAAUGGAUUUGCAUCUUUGUUGGCAUAGAAAAGAAAUCCAGCCAGUUUAAAUCCUUGUCCAGGAAGGUAUAUGCAGCAUAUUUAAAGGUUUGGAAGGAAAUAAUAGCCCACAGAUGAGCAACUCCUAAACCCAAAACUGAAGACCCUGGUGUAUGGCAACAGGAACAGCCUGUGAUUAGGGUGACUUAGAAAAAGCCUGAUGUAACAACAUUGCAGUCUUCAGGAAACAGUUGCAUUCACUAUCAUGGACACUACAGAUAAAAGUCAUCAUGUCCAUUUUUCUGAAGACACGGAUGAAAUGGGAAAUACAGCCAUCGCGAUAAAGGAGAAAGUGCCUGGAAAAGAGUAUGAGGCUCAUGUCGGGUUUUUACAGCUUCUUCAUCGCUAUCACAUCACGGUUCUGUUACCCGUAAAGGAUGCAGACGAAGGUUACCAGGCAGACACUCAGGGCGUUUACUGCCAGACCAAAGCUCUUAGGGCUGUGGACAAUCAAGGCCUGGAGGUGGAACUCGAACUCAUGGCUCACAAGGAGAAGCUUUUGAAGGAGAAGGUCUUUCUCGCAAAACCCUCCGUAGGGCAGCUCCAGCUUGUCAUUUUUGCCAGGGUUCUAGGUAAAGGCAAGGGCACUCCAAUGCUGCGUGACGGCAUCAAGUGCAUAGGUGUCGAGCAGGACGAAGAGUCGGAAGCCUCGGACUGGCAGGGCUUCAACUAAGGGGGAGAAGGAGGCCUUGCCGUUCCGCACACUCUGCUGUCCCUAACCAUUGUGAUACUGGGUGGGCCUUGUUUUCUCCUUGUCCUCUGAUAUACUCAAGUUAAAAGACAGAUAAAAGGGAUUAGGUUUAGUGACAAAAUAGUCUGUGAUCUGAUGCUAAGGUUUAUUUUUUGUUUUUAUUUUUGGUGUGUUUGUUUUAAGGUGUUUCCAGUAGGUAUUCUCAGGAAGAAGAAGGAAAAAAGAGAGGAAGAGAGAAGCCUCGAUUGUAUAUCUAGGCUAGGUUUAAUCGUGCUCAAGUAGGAACAUUUAACUCAAUAGAUGUUUCCUUAAGUUUAUGUAGUCUUGAUGCUCAUAUAUUACUGUGUAAGAUUAAUAAGAAACUGUUAUAUAUAUAUAU